AUGCAGCCCUGGAACGACUCUGUCCCACCUGCCGCUGUUUGUAAUGAUUCAGAGACUAUAAUUGAGGCCGGUACUGGCACUUUUCUAAAAUCCAAAUUGGAGUCCGAUCCUACACGGAAGGUUGGACCCUACACUAAGCAGCGACUGAUAGAAGAUGAAGUCGUGAUGAAGGGUCGAGUAAGCCUCUGCGCUUCUAAAAUGUCUAUAUAA